AUGGUAAAAAAGAAGCAGAAUCCUUUGCGAAUUGACUAUCACAGAGGAAUUAUUGAGGGUAGUCUUCUACAUAUCACUAAUCAUGCAGGACUUGAUGAACCUAGACUCGUGAAGAUUUGGACCGUCGAUAUACAGGCUAGAGAUAGUCAGCGCUAUAUUGAAUUUGUACGUCGCUUUUGUCAAAACGACGAACCGGUAUCAUUUCUCCACAUUAAAAGGAUAAGAAAAAGCGAAGAGCGUGGCGCCCUGACUGUUAUAAUAUGUUCGAAGCACAUGAUUGAAGAAGAGGAUGUCUUUUUGAUGCUAAUGGAACAAGCGCCAUUUGAGUAUACAGCUAUUAGUGGCGAGUUCGUCGUGCCUUCUAAAGGUCCAUCUACGAAAGAUUUGAGUCUAAAGUGGUCGUCUCAGUACUGGCCCCUGGUCUGGCGCGGAAACCCUAAUGAUCAAAUCAUGAACGAUUACGUCUUUGACCUCCCAUUUAUCAAGGAGAUUUUGGAUAAGAUAAGUAACCUAGCUAACAGUGAGGAGCAAAACGGUGAAUCUGGACCGCCGGUGGUAUCAGCUUUCGUAAACCCAAAAACUAGGAAAGUUGUCUACGCUGCAGAUGCGCGUUUCCGCGAUUCUCCACUUGACCACAGCUUAAUGAGAGGUAUUCGUUCUGUCGCCGCAUUAGAACACGCGAGAAAAGCGUCUCCAGAUAGCCAAGAAAAGGAGGAGACGUACCUUUGUCUAAACUUUGAUGUGUACACGACACAUGAGCCGUGCUCCAUGUGUGCCAUGGCUCUCAUACACUCGCGUAUCAAACGCUGCAUCUUUUUGCAACCAAUGAAGAAAACUGGCUGUCUCGAAAGCGAAAGCGGCGAUGGCUAUUGUAUGCAUAAUAAUUAUGCUCUUAAUUCCAAAUAUGAAGUCUUUCGGUGGCUAGGAUCAGAGUACCCAGUGCCUCAUGUUGAAAGCGAGGUCUGCUGCUAG